AUGGACGGCUAUAGUAACCUUGAGGUUUACCACAACCAAGAUCCUCACAAUGCCGUCAAUAGAUUCCAGCAUGGGCCCGAAAGAAACCAAAUUGCAGAUACGGUACCCUCAAACCAAGAGCAAAAGGCCAUGAUGCUCAAACCGGAUCAGAGUGAUCACGCUCAGAAAGAAUACAUACCAGAUCCAACUCGUGCUCCCGAGCCGGUGGCAAUCCAGCAAUACUAUGAAGGAAGUCCGCAAAACCCUGAAUCUUUAUCAGAGAUAAAGGAUGACCCGACAGAACAGAUGGUCGCGAAGCGGAGAAUAUGUGGCUUACGGCGGCGCAUCUUCUUCAUAGUCCUCGCAGUCAUUUCCCUAGUCAUCAUCGGCGUGGUCGCUGGCACGGUAGGUGGCGUGUUGUCCUCACGGCAGAAGCCGUCAACGUCGCCGGAUCCCUCACAACCCUCUCCUGAUUCCGAACCGGCCGCAGUGGGAAAUUUGAUGAAGAUGUCAUCACUAGCUGCGGCUAACUGGACGGACGCCAACGGAGUUGCGCAUCGGUGCGUGUUCUUUCAAGAUCCGCGCAAUGCACUCCUGGCGCGCCGAUGGGAUGGGCGAAAUCAGACCUGGGCCUUGACCAAUAUAACGGCCGUCAUGGCCUACUCGGGACAGGGCCCGCCGGACCCGGCGCCGGGAACGCCGCUGGCGGUCGUGUCGCUCGACCGGCCCAACCCAUAUAAGGUCCCCGAGGCGAUGCACCUAUACUUCGUGAACCGGCAGAACGUGAUGCGGUCCUUGUUCACAAACGACCCGCUUCAACACCCGGAUAGCUGGACCAACGACACGCUUAUACGGGCUGUUGUGCAGGUAGGCCCCGGGUCGCAGCUGGCGGCGGCGUGGCAGCGCUGCACGGGCGACUGCAAGGGAAAUAUGACCCUCGCGUAUCAGGUACCCGGAGGGGGCAUCAAUGUUGUUAACAGUUACAACUGGGCCAGUGGCCAGGAGGCACUCACGGACCGGCAGCAGGUUGCGGCCGGCACGUCGAUGGCGCUGCUGCCGCAGUACAUGGGCAGCCAAGAGGACAUGGGCUUGAUCAGCCAAACGGUCGACAGCGGAACGGAAGGCACUGUGAAGAUAACACCAUACAAGGAGGGAUGGACCAAGGAUGUAACCGAUGCCAUGUCCAGCAUCCCGCUCCCGGCCAACGAGCAGCGCAUUGCCGCUACCAAGUGGGGGGCGUGGUCGAGAAACCUGUGCUACAUACAGAUGAGCGACGGGACCAUGAAAGGAGUCUGGUGGGACGGGGCCUCGAAUGCGAGCAUGCACCAGUUGCCAAAAAUUACAUUUGAUGGUGGCCCAGCGACGACAAACUUCUCUGCCAUUGCAUUCACGCUGGACACCAUGUUCUACGGUAUAACCGGUGACGAGAUUCACGAGUAUUCGGUCGACAGUUCGAAUGCGGCGAUAUUGCAUCACGUGGGAAGAGUAUAUCCGUAG